AUAAUGACCAUUCCGACUGAUAAUCUCUAACCUGGGGUAUUGAUCAGUGGUCGUGACGUACGUGGGAUACAGUCGAGACGUUGCCGCUAGUACCCGCUUAACUUGUGUGUUUUGGGAGAGUAUCACCAGUUCAGGGGACCCCGAGCCCAACAUUCACACCUCCACGACGUGGGCUCUUCAUGCGUUUAUGUUUGGAAAGGUCAAUUAUUAGUGGCUAAAUUGAGACUAAAUGAGCGUGAAAUGAUAUUAAAGCCCAGAAAUAUCCAGAGCGAACAGAGCUUAUCAGAGAAAAACUUGAUAACCAUUCCCGGCAUGUAUCCAUUACAGUAAAACAUGGCCGGCCCUGGAUUUAAAGUUGGAGAACCAGCGGAGAAAUCCCCAACGGUUCAUUACGCCAAUUGGAAGGAAGAUAUGCUAUUAUUGAGACAAUUGCACGUUCUAAACCGAUCGGAGAGAAAUGUGGUUCAUAGGAUUAAAAUAGACCAAAAAGUUUUAUUUAAGAGGUUUCAAGGAAAGUUACACCGUUCACAGUUAACGAAGGCGCGGCUGACAGGUGACAAGGAUUUGGAACGUCAGUUGAGGGCAAGUAAGUUCCAUGGUCUUAAUGUUGAUAUUGUGAACACUGAAAAAGAUUUUGAAUUUCUGGAUCAGUUGAAAAAGCGAUCUACAAAAAGUACACGUAGUUCUAUCCGCAAAAAUAGCAUUGCUCCAAAGAGUAUAAUUUCAAAGAAAUCCGUGGAAAAAGAAAUGGAUACUAUUAUUCAGAAAGUGUUUCAAGUUCAAAGUGUUUCGAACACACAGAGAUCGAGGAGUAAAUCGUUCUCGGAGGGCAUGACAAUGGAAGCGUCUGCCACGACCGCUGGACAAAACAACCAGAAAUCGCCGUUGCCAAUAUUUUCUUUGCGACCGGCGACGUCUGGCGGAGAACGAUACGAUAAUGUAGAAGUGGUUUUGCCUGAUAUUUUCCUAAAAUCAACAAAGGGAAAACAGAAAAAAAUUAAAUCAAAACAAGGAAAUAAAUCAAACAACCAGCUUCAGGUGAAUUUUGAAAAUGACAGGGCGAAGACCUGCUCACCUCAUCUGCUUGGAAACGGCGGGAGUGUAACAUCGAAAUCGCCAUCACUGAGCAGACGACAGUCCGUAGCGACGAGCCAAGACAAAGGUUCGAGACGAACAAGUAUGUUUUCAAAAGAAGAGAAGGUGGACGUCGCACAGUUGUUACUGGACAAAAUGAAAUCAGUGGAUUACUCAUCCAGAGUUAAGGAUUUCUGCGAUUCUCUUGACGACCAGUGCGUGGACGGUGUAGAACAAGCUGAUUACUAUAAUCUAAGGUUGAAGGUAGCCACGAAGGAAUCCGAGGGAUACAGACCCAUGUCAGUCCCGGGAACACCAGAAAAAGAGUACAAGAGACAUGUUGGUGACGUGGGUGUUCUUAGUCUUACUCUAAAACCUCUUAACUUAGACUUCUCUCGUAGGGAUCACUCGUAUUCACAGUCGGCUGCUCCGGAUUUACCCACAGUUUCGUAUUCUUCAUCCGAAGAAGACGAUUCGGAUAUAGACGACGAAUAUUAACAACUUUAUCCAAAACCAAGAUCGAAAUAACUUAAACAAAUGGACUACAUCAUUCCAAGUCUGUGUUUGCAAUACAAGUAACAUGUAUUCUCAGUGACAUUUUUAAUAAGCGUGAUACUUGGAAUGACGGACUCGUCCACAGAUGUAAUGAUAGUGUAAGUGUUUAAAGAACAUGCAAUUAUUUCUACGAAAUGUCUCGGACAUUUACGAGUCGUAUGUUAUGUUUGUCGUAUAAGGAUAUUACUAUGGGGAAAGCCUUUCCAAAGGGUGGUAUACUUAGCGUUUUAUCUCCUGUAGUUCAGCCAGUAAAAAAAAUAAAAUUGAUUCCCAGAAGUCACGGAAUGGUCAGUGUCUAAUAAUGAGAGGUGAGUUACAAUUACUGCUCACUUUCACUAAAGCUGCUUCUUUUAAGUUUUACACCAAAGCGGUGACGUCUUAAAUUUUGAAAUCAAGUAGCGUCCCCCAGAGUUAUAUACAUGUAUCACUUUCUGAUAUAACAUAGCACUAGUUUAAAACUAAAACUUUUUCGGAACCCAGAGAGUGAGAAAUGUUCAAAAGAAAAGCUUAUAAAAUAUGUUUCCUUUCAUAAAAAUAUCCAAAGUAUAGUCAAUAUUAUUUACCCCUAAAACCUUCCUCGUUUUAUCACUGAGAAAUGAUACGUGAAGUAGCAUUAUCAUAUCCAUCUCCAAUGAUUUAUAUUUGUCACUUUCGACCUCAAAGUGCUUUGUAUUGGUUAUAUGUGAACUCGAGUAAUUUACUGGUCGCCCCACAGAUUACAAACACUAUGCACGCUGAAAUGUAUAUCAAUCCUCGCAACGAACCCUUCUAAACCGGUGUUAUUUAUCUCUAUAAUUGAUUCCAAAUACAAAUAAAUUCAUUAUUAAAUCAAAA